AUGGGGCUCACAUCUACUCAAUUCCAAUUAUGUUUACAGUCUUACUGGUAUCUGUGGCUAACAAAUUCUCUGUCAGGAUUAUUAUUAACUGGUAUUGGAAUUGGCGUUGCUGCAUUCUUCAUGAAAAAAUUUCGUGGCAAGAAGAAAUCUCCUUAUGAACGACUACCAAGUGCUACGCAUAAUACAUCGCGAACUGUUAGUCCUACUGAUAUUAAUGCCUUUGAAGUUACACGUGAAAAUUCCGCAACUGGAAAAGGUCUUAUCGCAACGGUCAAUCCACGCACUAACUCAACUCUAUCAACCUCUUCUAUUGGCUUAUCCGAAGACAAUGAAGCAUUUGCUCUGGCAACUGUUCAAGCAAUAAACGCUGCUCGUCGUCCGUAUGAAGCUCAACCAGUACAACUCAGUGAUCAACUAUCUGAAAUAGCUCAACGCUGGGCAGACCAAAUGGCUCGUACUGGCAAAUUAGAACACAGUCCACAAGAAUGGCGCAGUCUCGGACGACAAAUACUUGGAGAAAACUAUUUUGCAUCAUUUCAAGCUCCAUUAACAGGUGAUAAGAUGGUUCGUAAAUGGUUGAAAGAAGGAAAACGAUAUAUGUUUGGCUAUGAUGGACGUAAAGAUACGGAGAAUUUUACGCAACUAGUUUGGCGUUCAACGAAAGAAGUUGGCGUUGGACGAGCUCGAUCAGAAGAUGGAAAUUGGUCGUAUGGUGUUGCUAUAUUUGAUCCACCUGGUAACAUUCCAAAUCAAUAUGCAGAAAAUGUUCACUUACCAGCUGGAGCUAAUUAA